AUGUCGAAGUCAAUAACACCUUUCGAUGAGAAGGACGCCUUCGAGGUGGACAUUGAUCCUAUCGAACACCCAACAGCUUCAGACACCGAGAGUGAGCAGCUUAAUGCUCUUGGUGCACCUGUGGAGAAACAUAACCCGUUGGGUUUACAGUUGAAUUAUGUCUCUCUGUUCUAUAUGAUUGUCUCUGGAGUGGUGGGAACAGGUAUCUUUGGUACACCUGGUUCCAUCCUCAAACAGAUCGGUUCUGUUGGUGCAUCGUAUGUGCUGUGGGUUGUUGGGUUCAUCAUCACCCUCUUUAGAGUGUUGAUCUACGCCGAGUACGUCACGUAUUUCAAAGAUAGAUCAGGUGGUGAUGUUGCAUACCUCGAGCAGGCGUAUCCAAAGCCGGAAUUCUUGGUGCCAACCACCUACGCUGCCAUCAACGUGGUGUUUUCAUUUGCAACCUCGUCAGCCACGGCCUUUGGCUCCUAUAUCCUUCAAGCUGCAAAUGUUGAAAGAACAACGUGGAAUCAAAGAGGUAUCGGUGUUGCAGCUUUGGCAUUCACCACUAUCAUGUCAGCUCUCAGCACCAAAUGGAGUUUGAGACUGGCAAACUUCCUGGGACAUGUCAAGAUCAUUACCCUCUUGUUCAUUGCUAUCUCAGGCUUUGUUGUGCUUGGUGGUGGUACCAAGGUUGAGAAUCCGACAGCCAACUUCCGGAACGCAUGGGAGGGUACGACGACUGACCCAAAUGCCAUAGCAAACAGUAUCAUCAACAUCUCCUUUUCAUACGGUGGUACUGGCUAUGCGUUCAACUUGGUUUCCGAGAUGCCGUUGAAGAAGAGACUCAAAGGCUUCAGAGUCCUUGUGCCAAUCACCUUCUUCUUCCUGUUCGUGAUGUACAUCCUCUGUGUCACUGCAUUCUUUGCAGGCUCUGGCUCUCUGGAAGAGUUGAAGCAGUCAAGUGUCCUCACUGCUUCUCUCUACUUUGAGAACAUCUUUGGAGUGCCGGGGAGAAGAGCACUUGAUGUCCUGGUUGCCCUGUCUGCCCUCAGUCAUCUGUUCGUGGUCAUAGUGGGCCAUUCGAGAUCCUUGCGUGAGUGUGGUCGUCAAGGUGUUCUCCCAUACACAAACUUCUGGGUCUCUGUGAAGCCCUUUGACACCCCAUUGGGUCCAAUCCUGGUUACCUUCAUCAUCAACAUCAUUGUGCUUCUUGCACCACCAGCAGGUGAUGCAUAUAACUUUGUGAUUUCAUUGGGGUCAUAUUCUGGUUACAUCUUUGACUUCUUCCUCUCCUUAGGCCUACUGCUAGUGAGAAGACAGAGAAAGCAAAGAGGGCUUCCAAGUGCUGGGUUCAAAGUCCCACUGCCUCUAGUGAUCAUUCAAAUAUUGUUCCAGUUGUUUGUCAUUGCUAUGCCAUUGGUUCCUCCAAGCAACGGCUCGUUGAAGGGGUCCAACGUCAGCUUCUUUUACGCAACGUACUGUAUAGUGGUGAUUGGCCUCUUCCUUCUGUGUAUUGCUUACUACAUCGUUUGGCAGUUUGUGCUUCCAAAGUACGGUAAGUACGCACACAGGGUUGAGCUCUACACUUUGGAGAACGGUGCCAAGGGACAUCGUGUCGUCAAAGUGCCAUUGGACCAGGUGGAGGAGUGGGAUAAAACCAAGACCCAUAUUCAUCUAAGUGCGCCUGCAGAGGACAGUGACUCUCACAUCUCUUUGGACGAACUACCAACGGCAUCAACGACAAAAGCUUAG